AUGGAUUCGAUGGAUGCGAACGAAGUCGACAACAAACACACAAAAGAAUGCUUCUUUUCUGCCACGAGGAGGAAGAAGAGAGCCGCCGACUCUGGUACCACUGGCGAUGAAGUUGACCCCAACGACUACGAGAUCAGAGGAGGCCGCAAGAGGUUGAAGGAAGGUGCCGCUGAAUCGGUCGACUCGGAUGCUCGCAGUGCACAUUCGCCUGUACCUGUGGCUGCUCCAUACAUACCACGACCUUUGACGCCUGGAGGUUCUAUGGGUCGCCAACAACCGCUCCGCCGACCACACUCGACAUCACAAACACCGUAUCCUGGGGAUGAAUCAGAUGAUCAUGUCAACAGCCAUACAGCAGCCCUCUUGCAAACUGCCGAACUACACAAUGGCCACGAUGCCCUGAAUGUUCUGAUAGAAGCUGCCACAGCCAACCAUCGUACCGGAAGUGCCAGCGAUGCUCACAAAUACGCUUCUUCAUUACCGAGUCCCGCCCAUAUACCGCUACCCACAGCGUCAAAACCGCCGCCUCCAGAUGCCUCGAUUGAUCCUGCCAUCAUGCAGCAACCAUCUUCCACCGCGCGACCAUCAUCCUCGGCAGAUCAUGCUUCUGCUUAUGCUGCAUGGUCACGCUUCAGAUUCGUUCGCAAUGGCUGGUUCACCAUCAAAGAAGGCAUGGACUAUAUCGAGUACUUUUAUACAUACAUGUCACCCCUCACGCCGAUUGCUCUACCGGACUACCGUGGACCUGACAAGCAUGGUGCCCUGUUGGAAAACGAACCCAUGCUUGCCGUAACCAUGCUCAUGCUUGCAUCGCGUUACAUGACACUAUCUGGACCUGGUGCCAUGAGUCGAUCACAUGCCAUACACUCCAGACUUUGGCCUUUUGUUCAACGUAUGAUUGACCGCAUCGUCUGGGGCCGCGAGCUGUCUGGAACCACACUCCAUCCUGACGAGACACAACCUGGCUGUGAUGUCAAUCCGCUAUCGAGGAAGGGACUCUUGACUCUAGGCACAGUUGAAAGUCUGCUGUUGCUAACCGAGUGGCAUCCGAGAAUGAUGCACUUUCCCGCAGAUGAAGACGAUACUCAACUCAUGGCUCCUAUCGAUCCAAUGGCCUCAAUCAACGAGAGCACAUCUGAUCCUGACAAGGGACAAGGAGGUCAUGCAUUGACUUCAUGGCUUGAACCUGUUUUUAGGAGUGAUCGCAUGUGCUGGAUCCUUCUCAACCUGGCAAUGACGGUGGCUUCUCAGAUCGGAGUCUUUGACCCAGACUGUUCGAGACAUUUGCAAGCCGUAACUCCUGAACAGCAGGAGAUCUACCAGCGAAGACGACUUCAUAUCAAGAGUGUCAUCCUUGGGUACAUUACACAGACUAGUGGACGCAUGGGUGUAACGGCCAUGCUCCCUCAAGGAUACGCCGAACCUGCUCUCAGUGAAUUGUACAACCCCAAGCGGUCGAGUUUCAAGGAUACCAAGGAUAUUGUUCUCCAUUUCUGGCUGCGUCUGGCUACACUGGUCAAGAUCAAUAACGAAGAGCUGUAUGCCAAUCGACAGCAGACCCGUGAUAUCAUCAAGACUGGAAAGUAUAGAGAGUUGCUACAACGUAUCAAGCCAUCGUUGGUGCAAUGGCGCAGGGAAUUUGAAGCGUACCGGAACAUCCCGAUUUUGCUUCGCCAUGUCCUUAUCAUCGAGUACGAACACACUCGAGUUAUUUUGCAUCAACUCGCACUACAAGCCGUGGUGGAGAGAUGCGCAAACAACAAUACUGGCUCUGCGGGCAAGAUCAUCCCACCGAAUGUGCUUGAUCAGUGGUUUGGCAGCGACAGACAGCACGUAGAUGAGGUAAUGCAGGCCUGCCGCAAUGUCCUUCGCGUCGUCGUGGACGGCCUUGCUCCUGGUGGAUACCUCAAACACGCACCCGUACGCACGUUCUUCCGUAUCGUGUCUGUGACAUUGGUGCUAGUCAAGGUCAUGCGCAACCACGUCGUCGACGACGUCCAUCUCAGCAACCGCUUCUCCAACUUCUUGGAAGUAAUCACCAACCGCUUACGUCCCAUGAUCGUACGCAUGUCACGCACGAACGGCGCUGCAUCUGGAAACGCCGCUUCUCGCGUAUCUUCCCGCCCUGUAUCUCCAGGCCUCGGGCAGAACAGAAGCACCGAACACAUGCCCGCAUUCCCCGACCACUUUGACACCUCGCAGCAACAGCAACGCGUAGACACCACAGCACUCUACGGCAUCCCCACCCAAACCUACGAUAUUGGUGCUGACAAUAAUACUUUUUCCAUCAUGCCGCCACCUAUGCCUGCUUCCCCGUCUCUGAACACUUUGCAUGAUUCUCAUUCUUCUGCGCAUCAAGACUAUCAGUUUGGUGCUUAUGAUGCUGAUGCGGGCUUUGAGGCUGAUGGCGCGCAAAGGUAA